AUGAUCGUCUCACUCCAGACCCUUGCUUUUCUCCUUGCUGUCAUUUCUGCCACCAACGGGCUCCAGUCAUCAGAUAUCCCGUCGGAUACUCCGCUUUCGUCCCUCAUCUCCACUGCAAAAACACACCUAAAAAAUGGCGCCCCUCAAGAUGCGCUGCCCUAUUUUGAUGCUGCAAUUUCACGAGACCCUGCAAAUUACUUGACUAUCUUUCAGCGUGGGGCCACCUACCUUUCCCUCGGGAAGAGUGCAAAGGCCUUACAAGACUUCAACGAGGUGCUCAAAAUCAAACCCGACUUCGAAGGUGCUCUCUUGCAGCGGGCCCGACUUAAUAUGAAAUCCGCAGAUUGGGCUGCCGCAAAGAAAGAUCUGGUGGCUGCCGGGAAAAAUACCGCUGCAGAAAUUGCGGAGCUGGACGAAGCCCAAGGAGCAGCCCGCCUGGCUCAGGCUGCGGAGAAGAAAGGUGACUGGGAAGCUUGUGUCUCUCAAUCUGGAGUUGCGAUCCUGAAAGCGCCUCAAUCAUUGCCUUUGCGGCAGCUGCGGGCACACUGCCGGUUUGAGCGAGGAGAAAUUCAAGAAGCUAUCGGUGACCUGGCUCAUGUUCUACUAAUGUCACCGGGCUCAGUCGAGCCAUAUCUACAAAUAUCCUCCAUGCUUUUCUAUUCACUGGCGGAUACGGAGCGGGGGAUCACACAGAUACGGAAAUGUCUCCAUUCAGAUCCGGACUCUAAGGUGUGCAGUCGUCUAUUUAGAAGGGAAAAGCAAAUUGCGAAGCAGCUGGCUACCCUCGAGAGCCUUCGUGAAGGAAGGAAAUUUAGCAAGGCCGCUGAGCUCCUGGUGGGAAACAAAGACGAUCCAGGGCUGCUUCAGGAUGUAAAAGAUGAUGUGAAGGCUGCUCGCGCAGCUGGACAUAUACAGCCAAAAGCACCAAACUUACUCCACGACAAUCUGGUGGAGAAGACUUGUGAAAUAUACAGACAGAUGAAAUCGAAGAAGGCACGAAAAUACUGUACCGAAGCCUUGGAGCUGAACCCUAACUCUAUCCAUGGCCUCCUCUCGCAAGCUGAGGCUCAAAUCGAAGAAGGUGAACUUGAAUCAGCAAUCAAAACCCUAAACCACGCCCGAGGACAACACGAAAACAUCCAAGAACUCCAAUCCCUUCUCCAAAAGGCCCAGACCCUCCUCAAACGCUCGAAACAGAAGGAUUACUACAAGGUUCUCGGCGUCGACCGCGAUGCAGACGAGAAGACCAUCAAACGGGCCUAUCGCAAGAUGACCAAGCUACACCAUCCAGAUAAAGCGAUAUCACACGGAAUUACCAAGGAGGAUGCGGAGAAGAAAAUGGCUGCCAUCAACGAGGCAUAUGAGGUCCUUUCAAAUCCAGAGUUGCGGGCCCGUUUCGAUCGUGGAGAUGAUCCUAAUAAUCCUGAGGCGCAAGGUCAUCCGUUCCAGGGCAGUCCGUUCGGCCCUGGUGGUGGCGGGCAACAGUUCUUUUUCCAGCAGGGGAGCGGACCGCAUCAUUUCAAAUUCCAAGGAGGGUCGUUCAACUUCCCUGGUGGAUUCCCAUUUGGUUAA